AUGCUGCAGUGUAGACAGGCCCAGGAGUUCAGCUUCGGCCCUCGGGCCCUGAAGGAUGCGCUGGUCUCCAGUGACGCCGGCCUGCAGCAGCUCUACGCCUCGGCCUUCACCCCGGCGGAGAGGCUGUUCCUGUCUGAGGCCUACAACCCCCAGAGGACCCUCUUCUGCACACUGCUCAUCCACUCGGCCUUUGACUGGCUGCUGAGCCACCCUGAGGCCCCUGAGGACUUCCAGACGUUCCACAUCUCSCUGCAGCACCGGAAGCAGAGCCUGGCUCGGAAGCACAUUUACCUGCAACCAAUAGAUCUGAGCGAGGAGCUGGCAGGAUGCCCCUUGCUGGAUCACCUGCGGAGCUGCGUGGAGGCCUUCUUCCUGGGCUUGAGGGUCAAGUGCCUGCCCUCUGUGGCGGCUGCGUCCAUCCGUUGCUCCUCGCGCCCCAGUCAGGACUCUGGUGAGCCGCAGCUCCACACAGAUGGUAUCCUGUCCUUCUUAAAGAACAACAAGCCAGAUGACGCACUGUGUGUGCGCCUCAUGCUGUCUGACCUGUACUCCCAUAAGACCUGGAGCUUCACCUUCAGCAAGUCCCUCCCAGGGCAUGAUGUGGGAGUCUGCAGCUUCGCCCGGUUCUCAGGGAAAUUCUCUCAGGUGGGGCCCAAUGACCUUGAUCCAGGUCUGCUUGAGGAGGCAGCAAAUGGCCCUGAGACCCCGCUGCAGGACACAGGCAGGAACCAGUGCUUUAGCACCCUGGGAGUGGAACAGUGCUUCAGGGUCACAUGCCACGAACUCUGCYACCUCCUGGGCCUGGGGAGCUGCCGCUGGCUCCGCUGCCUCAUGCAAGGGGCGCUCAGCCUGGAUGAAGCCCUGCGGCGGCCCCCAGACCUCUGCCCCAUCUGCCUGAGGAAGCUGCAGCACGUCCUGGGUUUCCGGCUCGCUGAGAGGUACAAGUCUGGCAUGUGCUGUGAGAGCGACUCAGAGCCUGUCACCAGCCUGUCAGAGCCCCUCACCCCUGACGCAUGGAGUCAUGCCUUCCCUGAGRGACCCGAGGAUGGGCAGAGCUCCCUGGUGGCCUCAGAGGCUCUGCCGAAGCUUGAGGGCCCUGUGGAGGCCAUCGAGGAGCACGGACGGUGGCUGGCCACAUGUAUCCAGGCCCUGGAACGGGAAGUGGCCGAGGAGGAGCUCGCGCAGGUGGACAGGGCCGUGGAUGCCCUGGACCGGUGGGAGAUGUUCACAGGGCAACUCCCGGCUACCAGGCAAGACCUGCCCUGUGUCAGGGACAGUGCAGGGCUGCGCAAGGCCCUGGGGGACAAGCUCUCCUCCCUGAGGCGGCRGCUGAGCACACGCAGACUCCCCAAGGCCGAGUACUCCCCCUGCCGCUGGGAGGGGGGGAGUUAG